AUGAUGGACGAAACUGACAAACAAUAUAAUCAAUUAUUUUUAGUUAAAGGUCAAACUAUUGUCAGUUCAUUACAAGGAAAUGAAUCAAUUGAAUUAUCUAAUAUAGUGAAUGAAAAUGAUAAUAAUUCAGAUUCGGGCAUAAGUCAAAAUGAUAGUGAAAUUGAAACACUCAUUCCUAAUCAAACUCAUUUUGUAACUUUAAAAACAGGACCAUUAACAUUAUUUGAUGACGAAGAAGAAAAAUGGUAUAUUAUAGCAAGUCAAGUUUUUCUUCCAUUUAUGAUUGCUGGUUGUGGUAUGGUAGCUGCUGGACUUGUUCUUGAACGUGUUAAGGAAUUAAGUGUAUUUAAAGAAAUAACAGAAAUUUAUAUACUUGUUCCAGCUUUACUUGGUUUAAAAGGAAAUUUAGAAAUGACAUUAGCGUCACGUCUAUCUACACAAGCUAAUAUUGGAAAUAUGGAUAAAAAAGCUGCACUUCGAAGUAUGAUUUUUGGAAAUAUAGUUUUAACACAAUUACAAGCUAUUAUUGUUGGUUUUUUGGCCGCUAUUGUAUCACUUGCUAUGGGUUGGGUACCACAAGGACAUUUUAAUAUUCGACAUGCACUUGUUUUAUGUAGUAGUAGUGUUGCAACAGCAUCCAUUGCUUCAUUAGCAUUAGGUGGAAUAAUGAUUAUUGUAAUUGUCAGUUCUCAUAAAUGUAAAGUCAAUCCAGAUAAUAUUGCUACACCAAUAGCAGCAUCAUUAGGAGAUUUAACAACGUUAGCUGUUUUAGCUGGUAUUGGUGGUUUUUUGUUUAAAAUUAUUGAUAAUUAUACAUGGUUACCAAUAAUGAUAACAAUUAUUUUUUUAAUUUUAACACCAAUUUGGAUUGUUAUUUCUUAUCGAAAUGAAUAUGUUAAAGAUGUACUUAUUCAUGGAUGGUCACCAGUUGUAGCUGCAAUGUUUAUUUCCAGUGCGGGUGGUCUUAUAUUAGAUUUUGCCGUUCAAACACUUCGUGGUGUUGCUGUUUUUCAACCUGUUAUGAAUGGUGUUGGUGGUAAUUUAGUAGCUGUUCAAGCAAGUCGACUUUCUACUGCUCUUCAUCAACAUGGUAAACCAGGAGAAUUUAAAGAUGCUGCACAUUAUUAUGCUUCAAAAAUUUGUCCUAAUCCAUAUAAAGUUUUUUUUUCGAAAAAAAGUAAUUCAUCAACAACACGUGUUUUAUUAUUUAUGGCUGUACCAGGUCAUCUAACAUUUGUUUUUAUUAUUUCCAAAUUAGCAACAGAUCAUACUCGACUUUCGAUUAUUUUCAUAUUUUUUUAUCUUAUUGCCGCACUUAUUCAAGUUGCUAUUCUUCUAUACAUUGCUCAAUGGAUGGUAGCUUUUGUAUGGAGACAUGAACGUGAUCCAGAUAAUGUAUGCAUUCCAUAUUUGACAGCAAUUGGAGAUCUACUUGUAUCAUCAAUAUCUUGUUAUAAAUGUUUUUCAAUCAACGGUAGUAAUCCAUUAUGUGAAGAUUUCUUUCAAGGCGAUAUGUCGGGUACAACAUCACUUCUUCAGACGCCAUGUUUAACUAAUUUACGUGGACGUCAAGGUCUUUUUCCUGCAACACAUUGUAUUAAAUUAGUUGCUUAUUCAGGAGAAGCUAAAUCUGUUCAAUAUACAUAUCGCACAUGUAGUAGAGAUGAAGGUGAUGAUAAUGGAAUAACUCGUACUAGUCAUUGUGGUUUUAUUAAACUUGAUUGGAUUCAUCCACAUCGACGAUUUCGUGGAUGUUUAAGUAUAUGUGAUAAAGAUGCAUGUAAUCAAGCUUAUUAUCAUUCAAUUUCAAUAUGGAAUAUAAUAUUUUAUCUUAAUUUAUUAUUACUAUUACUUUGUGUUUAA